AUGAUGUGGACAACCUUUUUUUAUUAUUAUUUCAGCUGCACUAAUGGAAAGAUUGCUUCUAGCUGUCAGUUAUGUGAUGGCUACUGUUACAAUGGUGGAGUGUGUCAACUGGACCCAGAGACAAACAUACCUGUCUGUCUAUGCUCUGUGGGGUUUAAAAGUCAGCGCUGUGACCAGAAAGUGAACCCUUGUGAUUACUACUGUCAGAAUGAGGGAAUUUGCACUUUAACUGCGUUUAAUGAGCCGAGAUGCAAAUGUUCAGCCAACUGGUCAGGCACUCAGUGUGAGAGGCCAGCUCCCAAGAGCAGCAAGUCUGACAAUAUCAGUACAAGAAGCAUUGCAAUUGUUGUUCCUCUUGUUCUCUUGGUGACUUUGAUCACUACUCUGGUAAUUGGUCUACUACUUUGUAAAAGAAAACGAAGGACAAAAACUAUCCGAAGACAACCAAUGAUAAAUGGAGGAAUGAAUGUAGAAAUUGGUAAUCCCUCAUACAAUAUGUAUGAGGUGGGCCAUGAACAUAAUGAAAGCGGACUUUUAGAUCCAGAUUUCACAGUAAACCCAGAAAAGGCCAGGUAUAUAGGGGGAGGGUCCACAGCAUUCAAGCUUCCCCACACAGCACCACCAAUCUACCUAAACUCUGAUUUGAAAGGACCGCUCUCUGCAGGGCCGACAAAUUACUCCAAUCCAGUGUAUGCAAAGUUAUACAUGGAUGGGCAAAACUGUCGAAACUCAUUAGCAAGUGUUGAUGAAAGAAAAGAACUCCUUCCAAAGAAAAUAGAUAUCGGGAUAAGGGAGACUGUGGCAUAAUCCUCUGUUACCUUUUAUACUCUGUAUAAAUGUAUAAAAUAUAAGGAUUACUUUUCUAUGUACCCAACAGUAUUAUAAUUGUUUUGGCAUCAGCAUUACCUCUGGUAUUUUUUUUUUUGUUUGGUUGAUUGUUUUCUGGAUUUUUCUUUUGCUGAUGACUUUUGACUGACCAUUUGUAAGGUAUUUUUAUGAAAAAGAAACUGCACUACAGUACAAUUUACAACAAUGCUGCUGAUACACCUUUGAAAUUUGUUAAAAUUAAAAACAACAUUUGUUUGUAGUGUGAAUAUGAGCAAUCUAUUUUGUAUGAACUUUUUUGGUUCAACUUAAUCAAUGAAGAUGAUAUCUGCACCUUUUGAUUAUAUAGCCUGAAACCUGUAGUACAGCGUGUAAUUUUGUUUGUUUAAACAGUGAAAGAAUGAUUAAAAGGUCUACUCUCUUUGUGCCCAUUAGAAUUUCAUCUCAGAUUCUGUUAAAAGUAGAUAACUUUUCUUCACACCUGAGACAUAACUUGUUUUUAAGAUUAGCUUUCAGUUGCCAAGAAUUAAGCAAGAUUAUCAAAACAUCUGCAUGAACACAAAUGAGUGUUUCAGAAAUUCAGCGAUUGUACAUGAUAUACUAAACAUAUAUACCAUGUAAACAUACUUGUAUUGAGUAAAACAUCAUAGACCAUAGUAGAAAUACUUCUUGAAAGUAGAAAGACUUUAUUUGCUGUGGGACAAGGCCUGUGAUCUUCAGCAGUCCUGUAGUACAGUAGCCACCCUAGAGCACAAGAGGGCAUUGCCUACACAUGUAUUAUAUGUUUAUUCACUCAAUCACGUGCCACAUUGUAUAUGAUCAGUUCCCCAUCGCACACCAAGCAGUUGAACAAAAAUGAAAUGUAAGCACACACAUUGAUAACAGUAUUCUGAUUUACCAAGUUAGAAAAAAAAAAUCUUUGGCCAGAGAUAUUAAAGGAUCCAAGAGAUGGCAGUUUAUAUUAAUGAUGGUAGUCUGUGAUACCACUGAUCAAUAUUCUAUAUUAUUGAAACGUAUUUCAGACCAAUUGUGAAUUAAUUUUAAUACUUUGGGUUAAAUGUCAAAACCCCAUUAUCAAGAAUGGAGAGUAUCAAUGUAAUUGGUUUCCAGUACUUCCUCUAGUACUGGUUUAUUUUAUGUAGUUGUUAAGAAUAAAAACAAAACAAAAUUAAUUCCACUUGCCUUUUUGAAUUUUCACAGAAAUAAGGAGUACAAUUGCUUUAAGUUCUAAAAAGAGUUGAAAUAUUUUAUACAGAACUAUAAAGGCACAAAAUACUUAUUUACACAGACAUCGCGGAGGGCUUUUUGUUCCUCUGUGGGACAAGUUUGACUUUUUCCUGUCAUAUUAACCGAAAAGAUUAAAUAUGUUUGUGGUUGCUCUUUAUUCCCUUUGUACAAGUAUUACAAAAAUAACUACUGUUUUAUAAAAGAUUUUUGUUGUACUAUGUGCAUGCAUACUACCUAUUUCUAAAUUUUGCCAUAUUGAGGCCUUUAUAAACUUUUGAUUUAUGUAAUACUAGUGCAGGUUUGCUUGGAAAAUGUUAUGCAUAUCAUAAACUUUUUCAGGUUCUUGUUUAAGUACAUUUUUUAAAUUGAACAGUAUUUUUC